AUGGCUGCGACCGCGAACGAGCCCAAACCCUCAUCGCGCGACGGGUCUUCGGACUCUGGAAGCGGAAGCGACAGCGAAAAUGAUACUCCAACGACGACGACGCCGACGACGGUCGAAUGGCUAGCGACCGGCCGCUCAAAGCGGUCCACGGCGGGCAACCGGAUGAAGUCGAUGCUAGCCAACGAAGAACCCGACUCGGACCUCGAACUGUUAUUUGCCGAAGACGACAAUGACGAAGGCUUUACCGAUGUCGACGAUGCGGGUUCCGAUGUGCAGAUGGACUCGUCAUCCGACGACGAGGACGAGCAGAACCACGGAGACGAUUUCGAGGGAGAAAAGGAGCUCGAGAAGCAGGCUAGAGACAAGAAGCUGGCUUCGCGGAAGCGGAAAGCCCAAGAUGCCAUCCCCGCCAAAUUCAGGAAGAAGGUCCGCAUCGACCAGGCCGCCGCGCCAGCGCCACGACCGAAGAAGAAGUCGGAGCGGACGAGCUGGCUGCCCUCCCCAGCCGACAUGCCCAUCCGCGCCUCGCUCCGUCAGACCACGAUGCUCAGCAAGGAGCAGCUUCAUCAGCAGAUGAAGGAGCGUGAGGCGAAGCGGCUGAAGCAGUUGGCCGUGAUGGAGAAGAAGGCCAAGAAGCUCGAGGCCAUGAAAAAGCCCCCAAUGACACAAGCCGAACGGCUGGCGGAGGCCGCUUUGGUGGAGAAGCGAAACGCGAAAUCGCUAAACAGAUGGGAGGAGGCUGAGAAGGCGCGCGAAGAAGAGCGUCUCGCCAAACUCGCGGCCCUGAACAACCGGACACUGAAGGGACCCGUGGUGACAUACUGGAGUGGCAUAGGCGAGUGGGAAAACCACCUGAAGCACGUGGGCAAGGUGGCUGAGGAGGAGAAGGCUCCCCGCAAGAAGCGGGAGAAGAAGGACAAAGGGGAUAAAGCGAAGGGUAAGGAGAAGGAUGAGAAGGAGUCCAAGAAGGAGGAGGAUUCAGCAACGGGCGCUGCCUCGACAUCUUUGCCUCCAUCGACGACUCCAGAGGGACAGGCUGGGGCGAAAUCCGGUGCGCUGUCAGCUUCUCCCGCGCCAGCAGAUCCUGAGAUUUCACAGCCGAAUGGUACCCCAAAACCUCCAUCACCAGCAGCCACGGCAUCGUCAGAAGCCAUGCCAGUUGUGAAGGAGGAAGAUCGGCCUCGCGUAAUGGCACCUCCCCCCAUCCCACCACCGCCGGCAGUCUCGCCAGCACCGCCGAGGCCUGAGGAUAAACCCAGGCUGAUGGCGCCGCCGUCGAUACCUCCACCUCCUUCACUGGGCUCGUCGCUGAUGGCUCCUCCGCCUAUACCUCCUCCACCCAAGACUUCGCCGCCUGUCCUGGCAGCUCCCGUGCUCGCGCCACCGGUUCUGGCUCCGCCUUUGGGUGGCAUACAUCUCGUCCAGCACACAACGCAGCCGAAAUCCAACGUGCUCGCGCCGCCAAACACUACGCAACAUAAAUCUCCUCUCUCGAUGCCUGCUCCUCCUCCUCCGCCAUCCGCGAGGCCACCACCUCAUGCACUAGCACCACCUCAACCACUCCAACCACUCCAAUCAAGUCAACCGACUCAACCUCCUGCCCUGCCGAAACCCGCUCCGCCGACGGUGGCCCCCUCCCCUCCGCCGUCUGCGCCUCCAGUGCCUCCAGCGCGAGAAGAGCCACCUCCAAGCGAGGUUGCACGCAAUGCGUUCAUCCUCCGCAACUUUGACGAAGAGCUUAUCCGUGAUAAGACGGUUCAAACCCAGAUCCUGUUCGGACGGCGGAUGGACCGCCUUGCGAAGCCAGCACCCCGCCCCGUGUGCGUCAUCACGGCGCACCCGGCCCGCUACCGCGACCCCGAGACGGGUCUGCCGUACUUCAACGCCUAUGCGUACCGCGAGAUCCAGCGGCUCCGACGCGGCGAGUACAAGUGGAGCAGCCUCCUCGGCGCAUGGGUCGGCACCUGCACCUACGCUGCACGUGGUGUGCCCGAAAGGUUUCUGAAGGGAGGGAAGCCCAAGGAGCCGAAGACUAAAGAGGCCGAGGUGGAGAAGAAGGAAGCGGGCAACACCACCGUUGUGGAGGGCACCGAGAGCCAUGAAGCAAAAGCGGACAAGACCACACCACCCACUCAAGGUGGUGUGGUGCAACAGUCAUCCACGGAGAUGGAGGACGCGACGGUGCCCUCGCCGUCACCGUCGGCGCCGCAGGUUCAAACGCAGACGCAGACGCAACAGCCGCAGCCGCCCGUUGAAGCUCAGAAUCAAGACCAGGGUGCGAAACCGGCUGCCGCCGAAUCUGCCCUACCACCCGGUGCCGUCUCUGUUCCAGCCGCUGUCUGA